GAGAGCCCUGAGAGCCAGCCCUGCCCUGCCCAGUGCUGUCUCCUGCCUCCACCCCAGACAGCCGCACACCCAGGGCUCCAUCACCAAGAACACCUCACAGGUGGAUGUCCCAGGUGGCUGAAACACCAGAAGCCCCUGGCAAGGACCACACAAAAGCCAAGGGAAUGGAGAAGGACAAAGCAGCGCCCGAGGCCACCAACCCACCUCCCAGGCCGAGGAACCGGCCGCCUCCAGCUCCUCCCCUGGGCUCUCGCUUCGUGCCCGUGGUGGUGCACCCCGAGAGCCGCUCCCUCAGCUCCGUGGAGUUCGUGUUCUACCGCCCCGAGUGGCCCAACUCGCUGGCGCCCUUCUGCACCACCAACAAACCCUUCUGCGGCUUCCGCUUCCACGAGGGCACCAAGCACGGCCGGCCCCGCACCGACCUGGAGAGCGCCAGCCCCAGGAAAUGGAGAUCCUUCCACCGCCCCAAGCCAUAGCUGCCAGCGGCCCAGCCAGGCAAUAAAGCCCCGAAACAGC